UUGACCAGACAUAGUUUUGCAGUGUGAUAGAAGUAAUAGAUUUCAAAUCACCAUCUACUGCAUCAAGUCCAUUAAAUUACAGUAUAGGGAAUCGCGCCACUUGGGCGGUGGCUUCUAUAUUCGUCUGUUUUCCACUAUAACUCAGUAAAAUUUGAACCAAUUGACACAAUUUUUGGAAUGUGGUGAGAUAGGUAUAGUAUCUACCCAUGUAAAACAUUUCAAGUCAAUUGGUUCAAAAUUGACUGAGUUAUAGUGGAAAACAGACGAAUAUAGAAGCCACCGCCCAAGUGGCACGAUACCCUACUCAACUAUCGCAAUAGAAUAAUAGCAUGGAACGAACUCACUAUAUUAUAUUGCAGUGCACUAGCUAAUGAAACCUUUUGUUUCGAAUAGACGCGUGAAUAACAAAAUCAGGUAUGUAUUUGUUGUAUAACAGUUAAGUUGAUGUAAUGAACAAAACUCUCAGAUUGAGAGUUCAAUAAGCAUGCAAUACAAUACAGGGCUCAGUCGAGUCUAGUGCAUGAAACAGACAAGAAGCCUUUCAAGAUUAUCAUCCGAAAACCUUUAUAACCCGUAGUAAAGCCAUAGUCCGGAGUGACCUUCUAGUAGUUUUUAAAAAGUGUUUUAAGUAUAAAACAGUGGCGACGAGAAAAAUACGUUUUAACGCGUUUGAAAUCAAAUUAGAAUAACAAUUUUUUUUUUCCUAGUCGUGUUUCGCGAUAGUGUGCUGUUCUACAAGUCGUCCACAUGGUGUGGCAUAAGUGUAGAAUCAGUAGCUGAUCAUUCUGCAUAGUGUUUCUUUAUAUAAUUUAUUUUUAGCAGUGAAUCUUGCUUGAUUAAAACGGGCAGAAAGAUCCGUAGGUUUUAGUGGAAAUUGAAAUUCUGCAGUUUUGUCAGGAAAACGCGUAGUUCGGUAGUUCACGCCAUUUUGUACCUUUGUUCUCGGUCCCUGUAUAGAGAAAAGAAGGAGAACAAGGAGAGCAAAUGCAAUAGUCCACCAUUUAGUUUUGCAAAUUGUUGAAGUGUAUCGUGGUGUUCGACGGCCAGCAGCCUGAGAGCCGGCCAAAGAUCUGCUAAGUAGGCUUGGUAGCGGUGAGCUCCUGGUGGUGAGAAGAGCAGUAUACAGUGUAAGAGUAUAACAGCCAAUUGUGUGAGUUAUAAACCUGCUAAGCGGUGAGUACCUGGUGGUGAGACGAGCAGUGUUCAUCUGUGAGUAAGGAGAGUUGUAUGAGAAUAAAUUGUGCUAUUCAGUGUGUUCAACAAAGUAUACAAACGCGGUGAUCAACAAGCAACGAUAGCGGCGUAGAGGAGCACUCACAGGAGACCAGUGAGCGUUGAGAUAUUUGCGGAGUUGACAAGAAUAGCGGAGCGCUCUAUCACCGGCUGCGUUUAUAGGAAUCCAUCGACGGUAGUGGAGCGUGAGUAACUACUAAUUCAAGUAAGUGACCACCUUUUUGUUAUUUUAGAUCGGCAAAUACUCUCUAAUGGCACCAACGGGUUUGAUCGGUGUGUUAGACCACUACGUGGUGGGAAGAUCAUUCACGAAUUACAUAAAGCGAUUUGAUAUUUACUGCAAAAUUAAUAACGUGCCCGAAGACCAAAAGCGAUCAUAUUUUAUUACUCUUAGUGGUGAAGCAGUAUAUGACGAACUAGCUAAACUUUACCCUGAUGUAGACGUAGAGACCGUUAGCUAUGCCGAUAUAGUAAAAAAACUCAAAUCACGUUUUGAUAAAGUCGAUCCAGCUCUUAUGCAAAGGUAUCGUUUUUAUACCCGUUUUCAAGGUCCAACAGAGUCUAGCGAAAAUUUUGUGUUAGCUGUAAAGCUGUUGGCAGAACAAUGUAAUUUUGGGCAAUUUAAAGAAACGGCAAUAAGAGACAGGUUGAUCAUGGGUCUUGGCGACAAAACGUUACAAUACAAACUGCUAAUGGAGGAUGAUUUGAGCAUGGAGGCUGUUGAGAAGAUGAUUAUUAACAGUGAAGAUGCAGGCAAUCGUGUGAGAAUAAUGAAUGAAGGUAGCGCUUCGAAUGUACAUUCUGUAAAGCAUCGGAUUGGCAGACGAAACGAACCAGAGAGUCACGAUAAUUGGCAUACGGAUAAUCGUUAUAGGCACAGAAGCAAUAGCAGGGGAAGACAAGUUUCCAGAAACGCAUACAAAAGGUGGGAUCGUUCGACUUCUCGGGACCAAAAGAAAAAUUUCCAUGCAAACGCUAUUUGCAAUUAUUGCAAACGCAAGGGUCAUUUGAAAAGAGAUUGUUUUCAUUUCAAGAAGUCUAUUGCAGUAAAUUCUGUUGUUGAGCCGCAACCUGCAAUGGACGAUGUUGCUCACUAUUACAAGCGUAUGAAAGUUAAAAAAUCUAGCGACGAAGAUAACUCAGAUUAUGAGUGUCUGAUGAUUAAAGCCGUAAACAGUGUUAGUGAGCCAUGUUUAAUUAAAGUUUCAGUAAACGAUGAGUGUUUAGCGAUGGAAAUGGAUACUGGUUCGGUAGUGUCAGUAAUAGGCAAAAAUACAUACUACGAAAAAUUCUCAAAAAUACCACUCUCAAAUUGCACACGCAGACUGGUGGUAGUCAGUGGAUCACGUUUAAAAAUACUCGGAGAGUUGGAAGUUUUUGUAUCUGUGAACAAUAAAACUGCUGUAGCUAGAUUGAUCGUAUUGCAGACUGAUAAUAAUUUCACCCCACUUAUCGGGAGAGAUUGGAUGGAUUUGUUUUUUCCUCACUGGCGUAAAGGUUUGAUUGGAUUGGAAGCAGUUAAACAAGUAGGCUUUGAAGACGAUAAGGAGCAACUUUUAGGUUACGAAGCUGAACUUAUCCUAAAAAAUGAUCAGCCAAUUUUCAAGCGUGCUUACGAGGUACCAUACAAAAUCCGUGACAAACUGUUGAACCACUUGGACAUGCUAGAAAAGCAGAACGUAGUUACUCCAAUAGCAGCAAGCGAGUGGGCGUCUCCAGUAAUCGCCGUUAUGAAGAAAGACGGCGACAUACGCAUGGUGAUCGAUUGCAAGAUUUCUCUCGGGCAUCAAACUGUUACAGCUCAUCGAAAUCAACUAAAAUUGAUUCAUGAUCAGCGGCGUAGCUCUAUGGUUCUUAUGCCAUUCCACGAACGGAAGCGAAGACGUGAUUCGAUCGAAUUAGAAGAUCCGUUUAUUGGAUUUCCAGAUGUUCCACACGUUCCAGAACAACGAGAAACCAAGAAGCGGAAGCUGAUCAGUGUUGCUCGCAGUCCAGUUAUUACCAGAAGUGCUACGCGAUCGAACCAAGAAGAAAAAGUGCUUGAGUAGUUAAAAUUAAAUGAUACUGAGCCCGGUUAACCGUAGCGGUAUUAUCUGAAUUGAAUGAAUAAUUAUUUUAAGUUAACUUAUAUUCGGCAAUUGAAUUGCAUUCAGAAUUUCAAAGAAAACAUUGAAUUUGUAUUUGUCCUACAUUAUUUCAAAUAAGUUAUUAUUUUCUCAAAGAAGGGAGAAUUGUUGUAUAACAGUUAAGUUGAUGUAAUGAACAAAACUCUCAGAUUGAGAGUUCAAUAAGCAUGCAAUACAAUACAGGGCUCAGUCGAGUCUAGUGCAUGAAACAGACAAGAAGCCUUUCAAGAUUAUCAUCCGAAAACCUUUAUAACCCGUAGUAAAGCCAUAGUCCGGAGUGACCUUCUAGUAGUUUUUAAAAAGUGUUUUAAGUAUAAAACAGUAUUUAAUAAAGGAAAGUCAAAGCACACUGACAAUGUGACGGAAAAACGAUCCUUUUUCGCACUGUCUACGGCAUUGCCAUAAAUAGAUC